CGAUGACUGUUUAGGCAGGCGCCCGACAAGAAAUAUCCGAUCUUCAUCUGUAAGCCUUGGCGUGUAAAUCUCACGAACGCCAAGGACGGCAGGCGGUGAGCAGCCAAACGGGAUUCAUUGGGGUGGUAAUAAUAUCGUUGUAGUGGUGGUGCUGGUGGCGGUGGUAGUAGUGGUAGUAGCAGUAGUAAUAUAAUAAUAAUAAUAAUAAUAAUAAUAAUAAUAAUAAUAAUAAUAUCUUUAAUGUCAUCUGCAGUCAUUCAUAAAGCAGACAUUCACAGCGGCGGCGUCCCGAGGUCACUCGUGGCACCGUGAAUGACGCCCGUUGCCGUCACGUGACGUCAGGCAGGGGACACCACUGGACUGUGACCUCUGGGGGGCCGCUCAUGCCAUGGGGAGGGAGGAAGGAAGCACCUAAUCGCAAAAUCUUUAAUACUUUAAUGGUUUAUUAAUUGAUUUGACACAACACUGUGUUUUGUUCACUUUGGUUUGUACCUGCAAGGGAACACAUCCACAUUAAGACGAGACGCCCAUCGUCACUCCGCCCACGAGACACGUGCCCACACACGGGCGUCCCUCGACAGCUGUGCCGCGUGGGAGGGAGGCGCGUCGGUCCUUGAGGCGGCUCGUGGAGGAGGGAUAACCGUUACGCCACGGGAUUCCACAGGACAUCCUUCCGAUAGGCUAUCAGGGGAAGCGGCACAGAGCGGGGCUAUCUAGAGGUUUCUGGACGAUGCCACGACGUCCUCGCGGGUCCGUUUGAGGCGAUCAAUAACUCUGCACGUCGCUUCCUGGCGCGACGCCCAUCCUUGCCAGGAGGACGUGUCCACGGCAUUCACUGGUGUACCCACUCCCCGCGCUGCCCGUGGACCGAGGGGUGCCAACCCCCGGUGGCGCGGGGGGGAGCGGGUAAGCGGCUGAAACGUGGGCAGGAAAAUUCUUCUGUGGUGCCAAGGCCGCUAAACAUCAACACAGCGCGGUGGCGGCGCGCGCACGCGCCCCUCCUCCUGUCAUACACGCGGCGAGCGAUGCCACCAAUUCCUCGUCGAGAAAAUAUUGGUGUUCUCCAUCGCGUAAGGAAAGACGCAGCAGAUUGGUUAUCACGCCAGCGUGAAUGCGUGGCAGGCCAAGUGUUGCACAACAUGAGCCUGACAUGCCGUGCAGCCGUAUCGCGCGAGAUAAAUGGUGCCGUGUGUGUGUCAAGUGUUGCAUCAGCCACAGGUGUAUACUCGCCGCGCGGCCAACUCCGCUCAGAGCGCCGUGAAACUCAGUCGAGGAGGGACGCACUCACACGGUCCUUGAGAAUCAGGCACCGGCAGGAUCAUCUAUGGAAAACACGGGCUACGUGGAAGACCUUUCCGCCGAGCCUAUCCUCCUCACUACAAUCAACACGUUUGAAGAGUCGCCGUAAACCUGCAGAGUACCGUCUGAGAGGCGAUAUAUUCUGUCACAUUCAAUAGUGUUUGCAAUUGCGUUUGGUCGGUUGGUAGCCGCUCCCGCCCCCCGCUGCACAGGUCGUCAGCCCCGCCCCUCCAGGCGGUGAAGGAGAGCACUCGCCAGGUCCAGUGAGCCCAAGAGAAACCCUUCAAGAUGCUGUCCAUCCUGCGGCCCAACACCUACAAGACCCACCUGCCCCUCCUCCCCCAGGACUUCUACGAAUACCGCGUGUGCGAAGAUGAAACGGCGGCCAUGCUGCUCGCCAAGCACAUCUGGCGACUCCUGAAGAAGGCCCGCAACCGCCUGUUCCAGCUGCCUGGGUGUGAGGGAGGCGCUGCCGGGGUGUCCGUGCUGGUUCCUGCUGACUUCCUGAACCGCCUUUCUCGCGAUGUGGUGCGAAUGACGGAGGGAGAGCGCCACGGUGUAAGGGGGUGCACGCUGGUGAUUGACUACUUCGAUGGCCAGGAGGUGACAAGGGUGGGCAGGAUCAAGUGUGACCCCCACCUGCCCUCCGCCUCCAUGCUGCACCUCACUCUCACUAGGCUGUCGGAGAACCCCAAGCCUAGCAACCCUCUCCUCAGGAUUCUGGGCUUUGGGAGUGACAACGUGAUCCACAUAAGCCCUGGGUACACGCUAGAGAAGAGGAGGAUCAAGGGAAACCGCAGGGGCUCCUCUUGAAAGCAUCCAUCCCUCUUGAGUGUGAAACCCCGGGAACAUCUACAGGAGGAGGAAGAGAUGGCAGGAGAUCUGAGGGAUGGAGGAUGAAGAGCAAGAGUAAUGACAAGACAGAGUGGUAGAAGAAAGAAGCAGAUGAAGAGAGGAAACUGAGAUACAGAUACGGAGGGAAGGAGAAAGAAAGGAGAGAAGAGAUGAAGGGAGGAUGAGGUACCGUAAGGACGGGUUCCCUCAUUCUUUCCCCUUCCUUCUCUCAGUAAGCAAGAGACUUUCCCUUCACUGCUGGUUUACUGGGUUCCUUUCACUGCUGGUCUCCGCAAGCCACUCUUCAAUGUUCAAAGUUACUAGUAAUUUAAUCUUCGUAGGUUAGUUUCUUAUAGUCAGCGUGUUCUAUUUUUACAGCUUUUUUACACAUAGCACAAUUUUUUAUAUAGAUCUGUCAUGAAGCACAUUUUAUUCUCCGUUGGUCUGACUGAAUAAAUGUUUUUGUGAAGGUUUA